UGGGCUUUAGCUACACCCACCAUAAGAUUCGCGGACUUGAAUUUCAGACUUUGAGUAGGAAGAAAAGGAACGAACCCUAGCUAGUUAGCUAGGCAGAUUUGACCAGGUUCGAGCACCAAGCUCCAUCAAGCUCCGGUUUUAUUCCGCCUAGGAGACGUUAAUUUACUCUCAUCGGGUCCGCUCCGCUCCUCCCAGCUCUCAAUUCUUCGAUGUCAAGCGCUUGGACAAAUAAGAGCUUUGCAAUGAUACAUAGUGGGUAUAGAAAGGGAGUGGGAGAAUCAGGGUGGAGUUUUGGGUAUUGGUUUUUUUUAUAAUUGGAGAUUGUUGUUGCUACUUUCUGAAGCUCUGGCAAAAUGUUCAUGGGAGGAUGAGGAGACCAAAUUAAAUUUCAAAUUUUGUAAUAGCUUGUUGGAGCAUCUUUGGAGCAAAUGAGCAAUGGAGCCUGUGGAGUACCGCUCACAAUUGGAGGAAUUGCUCAGUUGUGAGAUAUUUGUCAUUUUUUUCUGGUAUUGGAAAUGAGUGGUCACUUCUCUCGCACAAUCUAUGUUGGCAACCUACCCUCUGAUAUUAAAGAAUGGGAGGUUGAAGAUCUGUUCUACAAGUAUGGUCGUAUUUUGGAUAUCGAAUUGAAGAUUCCACCACGCCCUCCAUGUUAUUGUUUUGUGGAGUUUGAGAAUUCCCGGGAUGCUGAAGAUGCAAUCAGGGGUCGAGAUGGUUAUAACUUUGAUGGUUGUCGUUUGAGGGUUGAGCUUGCUCAUGGUGGUAGAGGACAAUCCUCCAGUGAUCGUCGGGGUGGGUACGAUGGGGGUAAAGCUAAGUUUGGCAUCUCACGCCAUUCUGAAUAUCGAGUUAUUGUUCGUGGGCUCCCUUCUUCUGCCUCCUGGCAAGAUUUGAAGGAUCACAUGCGAAAAGCUGGCGAUGUGUGUUUUGCUGAAAUUUCGCGUGACAGUGAUGGGACAUUUGGUAUUGUUGAUUAUACCAAUUAUGAUGACAUGAAAUAUGCUGUCCGUAAACUUGAUGAUACUGAGUUUAGAAAUCCCUGGGCAAGAGCUUAUAUUCGGGUGAAGAGAUAUGAGGGCAGUCCAUCCAGGAGUCAAAGUCGAAGCCGCAGCAGAAGCCGGAGCGUUAGAAGAGACCGGAGUAAAUCACGGGAACGAUCUCUGUCCAAAUCACCAGUUAAGUCCAGAUCUGCAUCUCCUGUUAAGUCAUCCAGAGCAAGAUCAAGAUCAAGGUCAAGGUCAGGAUCACCGGAUAAGGCACGAUCGGUUAGCCACUGAUGCUCAUACAGUAAAAGUAAGAAGGCCAGCGUUGCUUGCAUGAAUGGAGUUUACGGGGAAAGUUUUGUUGCAUGUCUGAGCAGAGUAUUACCGGAUACUGUCUUUGGGGACAACCUAGGGAUUAGCCGUGUUUGUUGGUAAUGACGCGUUAAUUUGUGUACACUGGUGGAUGAACUGAGCUUAAUCAUUUUCUCAUUUUGAUAGUAUAACAUUUUUCUUUAAAAUUUUAAUUUACUGAUCUUGCUCCGUCUUGUGACCCUUUAGCAAUCAUGUAAGACUGCACUUUGUUGGUGUUUUCUUUGGUUAUUAAUUUAUAAUUAUAUUCACGAA